AUGUUGAAUUCCAUUCGACGAAUGAAAGCAAAAGAAAAUAUUGAAAUAUUACAAUCAAAAUAUAUAUUGGCUUGUAAUACAUAUCAAAAAUCCCUUUCGCAAUAUGUGCUACCUUUAAUAGGAUUAAUAUCUGAUGCAGAGGAUCUCAAUUUACAAAUAUUUCAAGACAUAAUUAGCUUAACAUUUCCAACAUAUAAUAUUCAAAUGCCACAAGUGAAUAAAGUGAGAUUAAAUUCUUUACUUGAAUUCUAUGAAAAAUAUAAACAUCUUGGAAAUGCGUCAAUGCUGGAAGAUUAUUUUGAAUAUGGACAAUUGAGUAUGAAUAAUGAAGCAGAUUAUGUACCAGCUUUACAACUUGAAUUUUGGCCAAAUGAUGUACAAUUAUUUCUUGAUAGGAUUAAACACAAUCGUCCUACAUUAUACAAAAUGAUACAUGAAACAUCUUCGAUUCAUCUCAUACCAAAAUGGUCUACAAAAACGCCAGAAAUUGAUCAAGAAUUAGAAUUUCGAUAUUCAUUUUCAGCUAUCGAACGUCUAUUAGCUAUGAAUCGUACACGAGUUGAACAAAUUCUGAAUGAUGUUGCAAGAAGUAUUUACUAUGGAUAUUUGAAAAAUCAACCGUCAUUAGAAGACAUUAGUAAAACCAUAAUCCCAUCAUAUUUUAUUAAAACAACUGUAUUAUGGAUGUGUGAAAUAAUGAACUUAAAUGAUCGAUUCACCGAUGCAGAUGAUGAUCAAACAAUUGCUCGUGUCAUGGCUGAAAACUGGCUCGAAUAUGCCAGCCAACUAUUAUGUGAUGCUAGAGCAGCGGAGAUCCUCCGACAUCAUGUUAAUUUGGACGAUGAUAUAAAAAUUGAAAUAUUAAUUGAACAAGAUAAAUUAAUCAACAGACAACGACAAACAAUCGAAGAUUGGUUAGGAAAUUUGAAAGUGGAAGUCAUUUUAGAUGCCGUUAAUGAAUACAAACUGUUGAGAGAAAACUGGUUAUAUCCAUCAACAGAUGAUCAAGAUGAAGGUGAUGCUAUAGGUUGCCUAUACACAUUGAAUCACUUACGAACACUUGACGGUGAUAAUCAACAAAAUUGGACAACAUUUAAACGGUUAUUUUUGAAUGAUGAUGAGA